CUGGUUCCUGCUCGCCGCCGUGCCGCGCGCGCCGGCCAGCCACUGGGCGCUCGGAGCUCCCAGCCUCGAGUUGUGCAAUCCUUUGUAGCACGCCAGCGAGUCCUCCUCCUUCGCUCUUGCCUCUCGCCCUCUCUCUCUCUCUCUUUUUUUUUUUUUUUUCAAGCUGUGAGCUCAACCGAUGAGUCAGAGCCGUGCAAUCCUGACACUGCAUCGCAGGACUGGGGGUGACACGCAGGGAGGGAGAGCGCUCUCGAGGCGGACUGUAAGGGCGCGGGGCGCGCCGAGACUGCCGCGUCGCGAGCAGCGGGUGACAGCCCGCACGUCCCGCCCGGGCCCUGCCAGCAAACUUCCAGGCUUCGGGAGGCGCGGGCUUGGCUGAAGCCCUGCGAACGCCGCGGGGAAGCGACGGCGCCUGUUUGUUUUUAAAAUCCGGGAGUGUGUGCAGACGACUGGGCUCUUCGGAGGCGACCCAAGGCGGCGGCCCGCGGCGGAAGGAAGGGGCACUGCUGGGGCCGGAGGCCGAGCGGGAGCUGGGCUCCAGGACCUGGUGCAGCAUCAUGACCGAGGAGAGUAGCUGAGCUCCAGAGCCCCUCUGGAAGAGGAAGGACCAGUGGACAUUUCUUGGCUCUUGCCUGAGGGCUCCUGAGUUUUCCUCUGCCUCUCUUCUGCCCUCCCUGGCUACUGGACCCGGGCCAGGCUUCCAGCAGGACCUUCUCUCAAGGGAUGGGCAGCUGCUGAAGGACUCCCCAUUGCCAGGCUCAGUUGGCCACACCAUGAACCUCCAGGCCCAGUCCAAGGCUCAGAAUAAGCGCAAGCGUUGUCCUUUUGGGGACCAGGAGCCAGCUGCCAAGGAACAGCCACCACCCCUGCAGGCUCCACCACAGUCCCUCAGAGCUAAGGAGGAACAGUACGGGGCCCACGAAGGUCCUACAGGGGUUGCCUCCACCACCCAGCCUGUGGAGCUGUCUCCUCCCAACAACCUGGCUCUGCUGAACAGUGUGGUAUAUGGAUCAGAGCGGACCACGGCAGCCAUGUUGUCCCAGCAGGCCCAAGUAAGCUCAGUAAAGUGGCCCAACUCUGUGAUGGCUCCAGGGCGGGGCCUGGAGCGUGGAGGAGGUGGAGGCAUCAGCGACAGUGGCUGGCAGCAACAACCUGGCCAGCCCCCACCCCACUCCACGUGGAAUCACCUGCCCCUCUACAGUGGACCCAAAGGGAGUCCUCAUCCAGGUGUGGGGGUCUCUCCUUACUAUAACCACCCUGAGGCACUGAAGGGGAGCAAACCCGGGGGUCCUCAGCUGGAUCACUAUGGAAGCGCAGUGCAGCCCAUGGUGCCUCAGAAGGUGCAGCUGGAGGUGGGGCGGCCCCAAGCACCCUUGAACUCUUUCCAUGCAGCCAAGAAACCCCCAAACCAGUCGCUGCCCUUGCAACCCUUCCAGCUGGCAUUUGGCCACCAGGUGAACCGCCAGGUCUUCCGGCAGGGCCCUCAGCCCUCUAACCCCACCUCCUUCCCACCUCAGAAGCAGCAACAGCAGCCGGCAGCCCUGCCGCAGAUGCAGCUAUUUGAGAACUACUACCCAAUGCACCCACCGCCUUCGCAGCAGCACCAGGACUUUGGCCUGGCACCGGGUGGGCCGCUGGGGCAGACCCACCUGGCUCACCGCAGCAUGGCCCCGUACCCUUUCCCUCACAACCCAGAUAUGAACCCAGAACUGCGCAAGGCCCUCCUUCAGGACCCUGCUUCACAGCCCGUGCUACCUCAGCCCCAGAUGGCCUUCCCGCGUCGCUCCCGCCGGCUCUCCAAGGAGGGGAUUCUGCCUUCCAACUCCCUCGAUGGAGCUGGCACCCAACCUGGGCAGGAGCCCACGAGCAAUCUGUUCCUUCAUCACUGGUCUCUGCAGCAGCCACCACCGGGCGCCCUGGGGCAGCCUCAUCCUGAAGCCCUGGGAUUCCCGUUAGAACUGAGGGAGUCACAGCUGCUGGCCGAUGGGGACAGACUGGCACCCAAUGGUCGGGAGCGGGAGGCUCCCGCCAUGGGUAAUGAGGAGGUCACGAGGGCAGGGGGCCUCGGGGACUGUGGACAGAUGAUACGAAGUGGGGUGAUCCAGAGCACGAGACGGAGACGCAGGGCGUCCCAGGAGGCUAAUUUGCUGACCUUGGCCCAGAAGGCAGUAGAGCUGGCCUCGCUGCAGGAUGCCAAUGGCUCUGAGGAGAAGCGGAAAAGCGUGUUGGCCUCAACUGCCAAGUGUGGCGUGGAGUUUUCUGAGCCUGCCGUAGCCGCCAAGAGAGCUCGGGAGGAGAGUGGGAUGGUACCCCUCAUCAUUCCCGUGUCUGUUCCCGUGAGGACUGUGGGUCCAACUGAGAUGGCCCAAGUUGGAGGUGCUGAUGAGGAUGGGAAGGGUCUUGAGCAGUACCCCACUGAGCACAAGCCGUCAGUCAUCGUAACGCGCAGGCGGUCCACCCGAGUUCCCGGAGCAGACGCUGCAGCUCAGGCUGAAGACCUGAAUGUCAAGUUGGAGGGGGAACCUUCCAUGCGGAAACCAAAGCAGCGGCCACGGCCGGAGCCUCUCAUCAUCCCCAACAAGGCGGGCACCUUCAUCCCCCCUCCUGUCUACUCCAACAUCACCCCCUACCAGAGCCACCUGCGCUCUCCUGUGCGCCUUGCUGACCACCCCUCUGAGCGGAGCUUCGAGCUGCCCCCUUACACACCGCCGCCCAUUCUCAGCCCCGUGCGGGAAGGCUCUGGCCUCUACUUCAAUGCCAUCAUAUCAUCCAGCAGCGUCCCGGCCCCUCCGCCUAUCACGCCAAAGAGUGCCCAUCGAACCCUGCUCCGCUCCAAUAGUUCUGAAGUCACCCCGCCCGUCCUCUCUGUGAUGGGGGAGGCCACUCCUGUGAGCAUCGAACCACGAAUCAACGUUGGUACCCGGUUCCAAGCAGAAAUCCCCAUGAUGAGAGACCGAGCGCUGGCAGCUUCUGACCCCCAUAAGGCUGACUUGGUGUGGCAGCCGUGGGAGCAUCUGGAGAGCAGCUGGGAGAAGCAGAGGCAAGUGGAUGACCUGCUGACGGCUGCCUGUUCAAGCAUUUUCCCUGGGGCUGGCACCAACCAGGAACUGGCCCUGCACUAUCUGCACGAGUCUAGAGGGGACAUCCUGGAGGCACUCAACAAGCUGCUACUGAAGAAGCCCCUGCGGCCUCACAAUCACCCACUGGCAACAUAUCACUACACAGGCUCUGACCAGUGGAAGAUGGCUGAGCGGAAGCUGUUCAACAAGGGCAUUGCCAUCUAUAAGAAGGACUUCUUCCUGGUGCAGAAGCUGAUCCAGACCAAGACCGUGGCCCAGUGUGUGGAGUUCUACUACACCUACAAGAAACAGGUGAAAAUUGGCCGCAAUGGGACGCUCACCUUCGGCGACCUGGAUACCGGUGACGAGAAGUCAGGCCAAGAGGAAGUUGAGGUGGACGUUAAGACUUCUCAGAAGUUCCCAAGGGUGCCACCUCCCAGAAGAGAGUCCCCAAGUGAAGAGAGGCUGGAGCCCAAGAGGGAAGUGAAAGAACCCAAGAAGGAGGGGGAGGAGGAGGUGCCAGACACCCAGGAGAAGGGAGAGCAGGAGGAGGGCCGAGCAGAGCGCAGCCGGCGGGCCGCCGCUGUCAAGGCGACACAGACACUACAGGCCAAUGAGGCGGCCAAUGAGGUCCUCAUUCUCCGGAGCCAUGAACCCAAUGCCCCGGGGUCUGCAGGUGUUCAGACCUCAGAGAAGCCAAGGGAGGGGCCGGGGAAGUCACGAAGGGCGCUGCCGUUCACAGAGAAGAAGAAAAAACCGGAGGCAUUUAAUAAAACCCAAAACCAGGAGAACACUUUCCCUUGUAAAAAGUGCGGCAGGGUGUUUUACAAGGUGAAGAGCCGCAGUGCUCACAUGAAGAGUCACGCGGAGCAGGAGAAGAAGGCCGCAGCUCUGAGGCUGAAGGAGAAGGAGGCUGCAGCGGCCGCUGCUCAUCAGCAGGCACUAAGAGAAGAGAGUGGCGAAGGGGAGAAGGGCUGAGGCCCUGCUGGACUCUCUUGCCGGGCUUCCCAGCACCCUGGACCUGGAGCCUCUAGAGGGGGCCAGGAGAGGGUCACUUGGACCUUGCUCUGCAAAACAAAUACGAUAAUGAAAAAUAAACAGGCUCUUUUAUUUACAAAGGCCAAGGACAGUGUUAAGGGCUGCAGGAUCCAGUUCUCUGAGUAUCUGGUUUGUGUCGAGUAGUUCUGCUUUCCUGGAGCCUUGAGAGGCCAGGGCCUUUGGAACGGGGAAGAGCUCCGUAGUGCUUCUCUGACCUCUGCUGAUGCAUCUGUGCCUCUUUCAUCCCAGGUCCUUAGUGAGCAACCAUGGCAAGCCAAGCACAAGCUCAGCCCGUGGCAGCAUUAUUCCUCCUUCCCCAGAGGACCUGGAAGGCUGUGCAGACCUUUCCCUGAGCCCCCCAGAAGGGACUCCCUAGAGAGUGGUGGCCUUAACACCUCUGUUGUCUCUGUGCAGUCAUGCUCAGGCCGGAGCCACUCCAAUGAUCCCGUCUGAAGGUCACCACUUCCUUAGGCGGAUCUCGGAGAGCUGUUUCAAACCCUUUGCUGCUUGCUAACAGCCCGUCUGGGGCUGCUAACAUUUUCUCAAACGUUUGGCGUUCAUGCCCGGCUCCCAUCCUGCUACACAUGGAGGGGAACUGUUGAGAGGCCAGAAGAUGCAGAGCUAGGCCCGAGGGAUCUUUUGAUAAGCCCAUGACCACCAUUUUAUACCUUUGGGUCUUGAAGGCUGCUAAAGGAGCCUCAAGCAAGCAGGUCCUAGAGAGGCCUGGCCUGUUCUUUGGUGCCAGCUUCCUUCUUGCCUGUCGUUCUCAGUAGCUGCCAGUUACUCCCACUGCACCCCAGUCUAUGUUGAUAUUCACAGGCCCCCCCACACACACACACACAGAUACUACGUGUUGGAGAUUUCCGGAUCCUUCCCUAGGAGGAAGAUGUCUCUCCUAACUAGGUUAGACAGGAGCCUUUAUUCCUUGACUUGUCAUUCGGGAACUAUUUAUUUAUUUCUUAAUAUUUAAUUUUUAACAUCCUCAGGGACCAGGGGCCUCUUGCUUUCCAGAGGCCCAAGUGCAUUUAUCCCAAAAUAAGGCACCUUCUUGGCAUCCCCAAAUCCUCCCCCAGUUCCAAGGCCCUGGGGUCCCUUACCUUGUGUCUCUUGGCUGCAGGAAUGAUAGAAACUGACCUGCCUGGGAAGGUGGGGAGUGUUAUCGGUCACAGGAAACUAGCAGAUGUGGGUGAGUUCAAAGGCAGGUCUCCAUCCUGCCCUCUCCGUACUUUCAAAUGCUCAAGGGAGCUGGCAAGAGGCCAGAAUUCUAGUUUUAGUUAUCAGUCUGGAUUCUGGCUUGAAGAAACCAUAUUUGGCAUGGAAUUACUGAAGGGUUGGAAUGUUCUAGAGUCCUCUUCGCUUUCCAGUUCCAUAGGGGGCCUAAAGUUACUUUUCUGAUGCCAUCACUUAACUUCAGUUGUACAGAAGAAAGUCUAAGUGACUGCGUGUCAGACUGUUGAACAUGUGAGUAAAGAGCUGAAAAUGUUCACCAUUCCUUAGGAAAGAGUCUACAGCCCUGUUGGGAACUGGAAAUAGAGGUGGGUUUUGUCUUUAAGCUACGGACUAUUGGGUAUUCCUUACAUUCAUUUAUGCAUUACUAUGGUUCUGUGAGAGCUGCCUGUGGAAGUAACAAAACUGUCCCCCUAGAUACCUUAACCUUCAGUUUCCCUGUUUGUUUCCCUCAUGGGCUUCUAUGAACUUGAAGUCCUGAGGUUACAAAAAUCUGGUACCCUCUAGAAGCAGGAGGGCAACAAGUUUAGGAUGUCUUCUAAAUCACUUGUAUAACGAGUGCCUUCACAGCUUAGCCCCAAAGUGCCACUUCUGUUUCCCAAGGUUCUUUUCUAUUUAAACCAUAUUUGGCUCAGGCCCCUUGGUGGACAGGCGAUAUCAGAAACCUUCAGUCCCAUGAGACUCCUCUGUUCAGUGGUACCAACUAAUCCUUAGAAGUCUCAAUAAGAAAAAGCAAGUCUGCUUUUCUAAGUUCACAGAGACCAGAU